AAAUGGCCGACAAAGCAAGUGGUAGUAGUACAGGAAAAGGCAAUGAUAAGGCCAAUAAACAUAAGCAAUUAAGCUUGCAAGAGGUUCUGGAUGCAGUACUCGACUCUUCAGAUGAAACUAAUGAUGAUGACUGCCUUGGAGAGAGUUCUCUUGAUGAGAGUAGUGAUGAUGAGGAUGAUGUUCCCAUUCAAUUUAUCCCACAUGAUCCCUCAGAGAUAGCUGGCUUCUGUUGGAUCCUGAGCUUUGUCGCAUGAACGAAAAAGAUAACGACGAUGUUGAUGAUGAUGAUACUGACGGAAAUGAUCAGGUGCAAGAUAAUGUGAGCGAUUUGGUGGACAAUGAGAAUGGAAAUUAUGUAAUGAGUGAUAAUGAAUCAACUGUAUGUUCUGGAGAGAGUGACUCUGAGGAAAGUGUUGCUGAUCAAAAUAGAAAUGUUGCAUCAAGGGCUCGUGUGGACGUGGUGGACGAAGUGGACCAGGUCGUCACGGACGUGGAAGACAGCGAGGUAGAGGGCGUGGACGACAGCGAGGUAGAGGACAUGGCCGUGGACGUGUGGGUGGACAGGGAAACAGAAGAGGCGGCGCAAGAAAAAAAGCUAAUGGAAAAGAAAAGCCUGAUGGUAAUCCAGAUUGGAAAAAUAUUGAGGAAGGUCAUCAGUAUGUGAAUCCUAAUGCGGACAUUGAAUUUCUUGAAUUUACGGGGCCAAGUCGAGAGGCAACACUACCGGAAACUCCACUGCAAUUUUUUCAAUUAUUUUUCACAGAUAACAUUUUUGAACAGCUUUCCAAUCAGACAAAUUUAUAUUAUGAUUAUUUGAAAGCAAAUUCAAACAAACCUUUGCCACCCUUUGAACAAACAACAGUCACAGAGAUUAUGGCGUUUUUUGGUAUGGUCGUCGCAAUGGGACUAGCGAGACUUCCAUGUUAUGAUGAUUACUGGGCAAGGGGAAUUAUGCGCAUGCCAUGGUUUGCAUCAAUAAUGUUUCGAAAAAGGUUCAGAGAUAUCUUGAGGUAUUUCCAUCUUGUAGAUAAUAGAAAAAAUGUUGAGAAAGGACACCCUAAUUACUCAAAACUGUUCAAACUUGGUGGGUUGGAGGAAAAAUUAAGUAAAACGUUUUCAGACAUGUAUCAUCCUGGGCAAAAUCUUAGCAUAGACGAACAAAUGAUUGGUAUGAAAAGCCGAGUGGGCUUUAUUCAAUACAUGCCCAAAAAACCAAAGAAAUUUGGUGUCAAGGUUUGGGCAUGUUGCGAAGCGGAAUCCUCGUUCUGUCUGAAGUUUCAGAUUUACACCGGAGCGUCAGACACUGGAGCUGAGCAUGGUUUGUCACACCGAGUUGUAUUUGAUCUUAUGGAAAACUACCUCGAUCGGAAUUAUCAUUUGUUCAUUGAUAAUUUUUACACAAGCUUAAACCUGAUCAAAAGCCUCAAGGAUAGGCAAACAUAUGCCUGCGGAACUAUCAGAACGAACCGAGGUGAAUUCCCGAAACGAUUCAAGGAAGGAAAACUUGAUAUCGGCAAAUCAAUGUAUAUUUAGAUUGAUACUAUUGUUGCAGUUCACUGGAAAGAUAAGAGGGAUGUUUUUGUUAUGUCCUCUAUUCAUGGGAAUCAAGAAGUCACCAUUCAACGACAUAAAGGAAAUGUUGAAAAGCCUUCCAUGAUUCAGUCGUACAAUCAAAGCUUCGGAGGCGUUGAUAAAUAUGAUCAACAUAUAUCAUACUACGGCCUGAACCGAAAAUCCUGGAAGUGGUGGAAAAAAGUCUUUUUUAGACUCUUGGAUAUGUCUAUCAUUAACAGCAUGUUGCUUUUUUUCAAGAAGUAUCCUGAAUUUGAGAAGAAAAAGAAUCCACACAAAAAAUUCAGAUAAAUGCUUAUUCAUCAACUUGUACAGCCUUACCUUGAUGAGAAGGCCGAGAACUUCGUUCAAAGAGCAGGCCGCCCAAGUUUAGAGCCAGCUUAAAGAGAAAAAUUUGAUGUUCUGGAUGCUACCAGAUUGACAGGGAAGCACUACCCUUCCAAAAGAAAUCCAAGAAGAAAGUGUUGUAUGUGUGCGUAUAAAAUCGAUCCGGAGACUGGAAAGCGCAGUAACAAACGCACGGUGAAUUAUUGCGAGAAGUGUGGAAAAUAUGUGUGUGAGAACUGUUUCAAAGACUUUCACAGCAAAAGUAGUAUUUGAAACCUUAUCAAUUGCCCCAUAGUAGUUUUUGAUUUCAUUUUUAUUGUUGAUAAUUGAUGCUUCACACCAGGUUAUACAUAUAUUAUAAAAAUUUUCUUAGAAAUUUCAUAUUUUUCGAUGUUUACAUUUUUUCAAUUAUUUCAAUAAGUACAUGAGGAAUUUCAAAAAAAAAAUUUUUGUUCAAUUACUAAGAUGUUCUGCUACAAGUAUUAUGAGAUUUAGGUCUUUAGACAAGUGCAAUAAGUUUUGAAAGCACUUCAAACUUGAAAUUUUUGAAAAAUUUUGUCCUUUUGAGAAUUUUUGGUUGCUAUGCAACCACAUCUCAGUUGCUUUGGUGACAUAUUUUGAAUUUUAGUUUUAUAUGUUUGCAAUCUGUGGUCUAUAAGCUUUCAGAAAAUAUAUAGUUUAUGGGGGUCUACUCCUACGUAGGAAAUGUUAUUGCAAAUUUUAACGGUGUAUGUGUGAUUGACCUAAAAAAACCCAAAAAAAAUCCAGCGGGUAAAGGGUUAACAAGCUGCAUAUGCUGUAAAAAGUGCAGGUUUUAUCAAGCAAGUUUGGUGUUUUGAAAAAAAACUCAAGUAUUUGCCUGACAAAAACCUGUAUAGACCCGAAUAAUGCUCCAAAAAGCAAAGAAAAAGGGACACUAAUAAUGAUUCACAAAAUUAAAUAAUAAACUUAUAUAAUAUAAUGGUAGUGAAGUUCUUAAAAGAACUGUUUUCGAUAGUUUUCAAUAAAAUUUUCUUGAUAAAAAACUUAUAUAUUAAAUUUAUUAACUUCUUUAUCUUCAAGUGCCUUCUUUCAACUAUCGACUGCAUGAACACGGUUGCCGACUUGCCGGAAACGCUGCCUGUCGGUCGAGUUCUGGCAAUUUAAUAAAAACUUGAAAUUUCGCCUGGAGAAACCCGAGAUUAACCCGAAACAACAUUUUUUAAACAUUUAUUACCAUGUGUAAUUUAUUCUUUUAAUGUUGAGGAAUGGUAGUGGAAGACUGUUUUCCAUAUCAUUUAUUUUAUAAAUAGCUGUAAUAAAAUCCAACAAAUAAUAAACUGUAAGACGACGACAAAAUAGCACCUCCCUUCUUCUCGUAAGAAUUUAAAUGAGAACCAAGGAGCUUGCCCGCGUAGCAUUUCAGGUGGUUUCAGACAGACCCAGGCUUUUUAGGCCAGUUACAGACGAAAACCCCGAAAAAAACGCCUGCGGCGCCCUGACAUACACAGCGUUUUCGGCGAGUCGGCACCCUUGUCUGCAUGUUACAAGAAAUUGCACUUCAGGAAUGCUCCGGGCGAGUUCGUGAAAGUGCAGGCGGUUUUGGGCCAAUUCAAUUCGAAAAUUUCUCAAAUUCGCCUCCACAUAUGCGGGCGUUUGCGGCUUAUCGGCAACCUUUUCUAAACUCAGCAAAAUUUUUCUUAGGAUCUAGAGUGAGGCUCAAAAUCUUAAAUUUUUCCCUUAGCACUAACUAUGGCAGCACCUCACAGAAACCCUAAACUAAGUUCACCCAAUC